CGUUUUCUAAAAUACAUAGGCCAGGUGGUGGGGUAGGGAUUCCGCCCGGCUGUCUAUUUUAUAGUCUGAGCAAAAUCUUUCUCUUCGUUCUUAGUUGGAGAGAUGUUAAGCAAAAAUGGUGUGACAGAGAUCUGUGCGGUGAAGGCUAGCUUAGCUCAGCUUAAAGGGCACAUUGCAUGCGUGGCUGCACAUACAAGAAUGGUGCGUAUAUUUAGUCCAGGGUGGUUUCUAAAAGAUGCAUAUUUUCCUGUCAUUUCUCUGUCCUGAAAGUAAUGAAUUAUUGUUAAAAACAAUUUCCUUUUUCCACAAAUUGAGAAUAUUUGAUAACAGGCAAAAAGCAGGAUAAAGUUAUUGUUGUUUUGAUAAUAGACAUGUUUAUAUUAGGUUAGUACCUCUCCUAACAUUUAGCUAGUGGCUGAGCUGAAGAUGGUUAAAAACCAUCUUUUGUUUCCAAGAAAUAAACUGAAAAGAAGGCACUGCUCCUUGAGUAAAGAGCAAUAUUGACCACUGCUAGAGUGGAUUUUUGAGCUGGGAGUUUGACAGAGCCAUACGUAAAUAGCAAAAGGUCUUGAGUAGCUUACUGAUGUUCAAGGGAUGUAUGUAUGUAAAAUACGAAAACUAUGUAAAGAACAGACUUGGGCUUCUGCAGAAGGUAGGUGGUCUUCAUCAUUGAGCAUCUGUCGCGGACCAAGCUGUGCCAAGUUGGAAGGAUAUAAGGAGAACCACAAUCCCCUUUUGUAGUGUACUACAGUAAAAUUUGGGAAAGCCAGAACCUGUGUGAGGCAGAAGCUUGUCAGAGAAGGAAAACUCAAAACUAUUUUCCACUAGUAAGAGAGCGACAGAAAAGUGGUUAAGACUACACCUUGUCAAAGGUGGAAAACUUGGCAAGACGUGGAAAAAACAAGGCAGCCCCAUUGAGCUCUGACUCUCAGAGGUUUCACUCUAUUAAGAUUUUUUUGAAUGUUCUAGUGGGGAAGUUAAAAUUGAUUUGCAGAGAACUUACUGUAUUAUCAGUAUGCUACGUUCAUGGUCUAUCCUGGAUUAUCAGAGGUAGGCAUCUAUUGUUUAGAUAAAUGUUCAUAGAUGUUCAGUACACCUCCAUGAUUGUGCAUGGUGUCCCUGUGCCUAGAGUAUACAUCUCCAGCCUACCUGCUCACCUCCAUUAAUCUCUGUUCUUGAGAACUAAAGAAGGAAAAAGAGGCCUCUGAGCUGCUGCUGUUAACUUUCCACGAUAUAGUUUAACUUUUUUCCUACUCAACCAUGGUACGUAUUUUAAAAGCAUGCAAAGUAGAGAAAAACUUGUGUUGAAACCUUAUGUAAACUUGAGAAACUUGUUUUUACACUUAGGAAUACUAGGUGACGGUUAAGUCAACAUUAACAGUCUUCUCUCUACCCCCCAUUCUAUCGAAGGUGAUAGAAUUAAUGAUUUUUCAUUCUAGUUCAUGUUAAAUUUGGGCAUUGUUCUAGGUGUUGCAAAUAAGACAGUCUAUUUGGGGGAAGCUAAUGUGAAAACUGAGGAAUAUAAAAAUAGUAUAAGAUCAAGGUAUAACAAGAAUCAGUGUAAAAAAGGUGAGAUACGGUACACUAGAUCAUAAUUUAAGUAUUAAGAUUUUACUUGGGGGGGGCGAGCCUUUAAUAUACCUGUGAAAACACAGGUAAAAUGUCUUUAAGGUGUAACCAAGCAAAGCCUGAAAUAAACAAUUACCUCUUGUCCUAGUACAACAAAUUCAGCUUGGCUGACAAUUUUUACUCUAAAAGAUACUUCUUACCCACCCCCCAAAAUUUUAUUAAUACAUUACCUCCAUAUUGGCCCAAAGGCACAGCAGAGGAAAUCUUAAGUAUUUAUUAGUGGGCUUGAGUGUUUUCAUGUGUUUUGGCACAAACUGAAUUGGAGAGGGAUUUUUUUUUUUUUAAUUAGAUUUUCUUUGGUAGUAUUUGGGACUUGAAACGAGUUUUUGUCAUUUCUACAUCGUACCUGCAUUAUUUAAUCAAAUUUUUAUUUAAAUCUAUUUGUUUUAUGUUUAAUUUUAAAAGGAAAUCACUUUCACAUAGGGGGUGGUUAAGACUGGGCCAGCAUACAGACCAGCUUAUUGGGGAGAAUCUGGACCUGAGUUCUGUGUGCCCCGUUGCAUAGGUGUGAGGGGUGCAUCUCUACCUUCUAAAUCCUCCUCCCUCCCCCAGUUGUAGUUGGAAAGUCUGCGGAUCGAUUGGGUCUAAGCAGAUCAGACUUGUGGACAGCUAGGUAGCUUUGUUUUUGUCCUGACGCUAGGAACUCACGUCCCUAAAAUUCUUUCAAGGGUGCUGCUUCAAGUGCCCCCAGCCCCAAGUACUACGGACUGGGUGCCUCAUCCUGCUUUUGAGCCCGCUGCAUUCCACCGUCUGCCUGUCUCCUCAGGGGCCAAAGAGCGCCACCCAGCGACUUCAGAAUAUAGGAGGGUGGAAGGCGCGGGAGGUGCGUUCCCUGCGGUAGUUCAGCUACUCUCGGCCGGCCACUGGGGGCUCUGGCUUGGGCAGUAGUCGCCGGGGAGUGCUGUUUCGGGAGAAGGCUAUCAGCUAAAAAUCAGAAUUGACCCACACCGCACCCUGGAAAACAAUUCCAGCCCUCUGGGCCUCAUGUUGCCCCAGUGUAUGUUGGGUGUAAAAUGGAGAACUUUUCCCGCAGGCUUACGUGCAAACGCAUGCAACUGAAGCUUUACAAAAAUUGUGCUAGCUACUACCCACCCCUUUCCAAGACGAUUGCUCUUCACGUGUUGAAGUUUGUCACUAUCUAAGUCGACCAUUUUAGAAAAAUCCAGAGUAUUCCAUGGGUAGUCUGCAGCUAGCACUCGGAAGCUCAGAAAUUUAAAUAACUUACUAGGGUCCCUGUGAAUAGGCGUCGACUUGACCGCAAUGGGUUAUCGAGUGAUUUAGAUUUUUUUUAACGCUUGUUAAUUGGAGCCUACAUUUUCAUGUCAAGUGGGGUUGUGUUUUACCCUAUAUCCAGAGGGUAACUUUUUUUUACCAAAACCUUUACCAGUAGCCUCAAAAUCUGAUGUUUUCAUGAACUCGAGUCUCAGAAAGUAGAAGGGAAAAUGCCCCUUCACCCUUUCGGGGUCUCCAGUUGGAUCACAACCUUACACCAGGCCCUACACGUGGCUCCUCAGCGUGAGAAAAAAACGAGAGGGGAGGGGAAAAGAGAAACUGCCAGAAUUUAAGAUGUCUGCUUAAAGAUACUUCGAUCUCCAAGGAAGGGUCUGCCAGCUUCCAAAAUGUACGCCCUGCGGUCCUGACGUCACCCACUCGGCCUCACGAAGCCAAAAGCCAGUGCGCUCCAAUCAGGGUCCAGUCCCCUCACCCACAGCUUUUGAUCACGUCACUUCCGGUGGUGCAGCAGCCAUUUUGUCAGUCGCCAGCGGAUCCCGCGCGCUGGAGAAGUCCAGUUCCCCCUGGUUACCAACUCGUCCCUUCUUCCUCCUUGCGGGCGCCGUCGGAAAGAGCUCACCAGGGCGCAGCCGUUCCUUCCGAUAGUGCCGCCGCUGCUACUGUGCAUUCCCCCGGAGCUAGUACGCUGUCGUCCUCCCCUGCCACUGACCGGCGCCCUCCGGGAGCCGCCAUCCGCUAUGUCAAGCGAGGAGAGCUACCGGGCCAUCCUGCGGUACCUGACGAACGAGCGCGAGCCCUACGCGCCGGGCACCGAGGGCAAUGUCAAGCGGAAGAUCCGCAAGGCGGCCGCCUGCUACGUGGUGCGCGACGGCACCCUGUACUACCAGCGACGGCAGCGGCACCGCAAGACCUUCGCGGAGCUGGAGGUGGUGCUGCAGCCCGAGCGGCGCCAGGGGCUCAUCGAGGCGGCGCACCUGGGCCCGGGCGGAACCCACCACACGCGGCACCAGACCUGGCAUGACUUGUCCAAGACCUACUGGUGGCGAGGUAUAUUAAAGCAAGUCAAAGAUUACAUUAAACAGUGUAGCAAAUGUCAGGAGAAACUAGAUCGUUCUCGCCCAAUAUCAGAUGCCUCAGAAAUGUUGGAAGAGUUGGGGCUAGACCUUGAGUCUGGAGAAGAAAGUAAUGAAUCAGAGGAUGACCUGAGCAAUUUCACUUCACUUCCAACUACAGCCUCUAAGCCUGUGAAAAAGAAGCCAGUAUCCAAACACGAACUUGUAUUUGUUGACACUAAAGGUGUGGUGAAACGAUCUUCUCCGAAGCAUUGUCAGGCGGUCUUAAAACAACUGAACGAACAAAGACUCUCCAACCACUUCUGUGAUGUUACUUUGUUAAUUGAAGGAGAAGAGUACAAAGCUCAUAAAUCUGUUCUGUCAGCUAAUAGUGAAUACUUUCGAGAUCUUUUUCUUGAGAAAGGAGCUGUUUCCAGUCAUGAGACUGUGGUGGAUCUUUCUGGUUUUUGUAAGGCAAGCUUCCUUCCUCUACUAGAAUUCGCCUAUACUUCUGUGCUGAGUUUUGACUUCUGUAGCAUGGCUGAUGUUGCCAUCUUGGCUCGUCAUCUCUUCAUGUCAGAAGUUUUAGAAAUCUGUGAAAGCGUACACAAACUGAUGGAAGAGAAGCAGCUAACAGUGUAUAAAAAGGGUGAAGUACAAACAGUUGCAUCUACCCAGGACUUACCAGGACAGAAUGGAGGAACAGCCCCUCCUGUGGCUAGCAGUGAGGGAACUACAGCAGCUUUAUCUCCUGAACUAGAGGAAUGUGAAAUUGUACUCCUAGUAAAUGGAGACUUGCCAGAAGCAGAGCAGAAUGGAGAGCUAGGACGACAGACCGAGCCCCAGGUUUCUUCAGCGGCUGAAACUGCUCUGGCACCUGUUGAAUGUAUCGCUGAUAGCCAUUCUGAAAUGGAAUCUGUUGAUUUAGCAAUAAAAAACAACCAGACAGGCCUAGAAACUUCAAACGGCAAAGAAGAUAGCACAAUCUCUAAUAUUCAUCCUAAACUUUCAAAAGACAAUGUGAUCAGUAGCUCCCCGGAGAACAGCGAUAUGGGAACUGAUACAGCCAAUGAGGAUAACUGUGCUGAGGACACUCCAGAGCAUAAACAGAACCUCGUCCCACCUUUAAAAGAUCAGGAAGAUCCCAUUACCCCGACAUCAAAGGCAGACCUCGGCCCUGAGGAUGAUACUUACAGAAGCAGGCUUCGGCAGCGUUCUGUUAGUGAAGGAGGGUAUAUCCGACUGCACAAGGGAAUGGAGAAGAAGCUGCAGAAGCGGAAAGCUGUUCCCAAGUCAGCAGUUCAACAAGUGGCCCAGAAAUUAGUUCAAAGAGGUAAAAAGAUGAAACAGCCAAAAAGGGAUGCUAAAGAGAACAGCGAAGAAGCAUCGCAUAAAUGUGGGGAAUGUGGGAUGGUUUUUCAGAGACGAUAUGCCCUUAUAAUGCACACCCUGAAACACGAAAGAUCUCGAGAUUACAAGUGUCCGUUGUGUAAAAAACAGUUUCAGUACAGUGCCUCCUUGAGAGCACACCUGAUCCGACACGCCAGGAAAGACGCCCCCACAUCAUCCUCUUCCACAUCCACGUGCAGCGAGGCAUCGGGAACACCAUCGGAGAAGGGCAGAACCAAGCGAGAGUUCAUAUGCUCCAUAUGUGGAAGGACAUUACCUAAGUUAUAUUCUCUUCGAAUACACAUGUUAAAGCACACAGGUGUAAAGCCACAUGCAUGCCAGGUCUGUGGAAAGACUUUCAUCUAUAAGCAUGGUCUAAAAUUACACCAGAGUCUCCACCAGUCCCAAAAGCAGUUCCAGUGUGAACUGUGUGUUAAGUCAUUUGUUACCAAACGAAGUCUUCAAGAACAUAUGAGUAUUCACACAGGAGAGUCCAAGUACCUUUGCUCAGUUUGUGGAAAGUCUUUUCAUAGGGGCUCUGGACUCAGCAAGCACCUAAAGAAACACCAGCCAAAGCCUGAGGUUCGAGGGUAUCAUUGUACUCAAUGUGAGAAGAGCUUCUUUGAAGCGAGAGAUCUUCGCCAGCACAUGAACAAACACCUGGGUGUGAAGCCGUUCCAGUGCCAGUUUUGUGACAAGUGCUACAGCUGGAAGAAGGACUGGUAUUCCCACGUCAAGUCUCAUUCUGUCACUGAGCCUUACAGGUGUAAUAUAUGUGGCAAAGAAUUUUAUGAAAAAGCGUUGUUCCGAAGGCAUGUAAAGAAAGCUACCCAUGGCAAAAAAGGAAGAGCAAAACAGAACCUGGAAUGGGUGUGUGAACAAUGCGGAAGAAAAUUCACUCAGCUGAGAGAGUACAGGAGACACAUGAAUAACCAUGAAGGAGUUAAGCCAUUUGAGUGCUUAACAUGUGGAGUAGCUUGGGCUGAUGCCCGAUCUCUAAAACGCCACGUCAGAACACAUACUGGUGAGCGGCCCUAUGUCUGUCCUGUAUGUAGCGAAGCCUACAUAGACGCUCGAACACUUCGCAAACAUAUGACUAAAUUCCACAGAGAUUAUGUGCCUUGCAAAAUUAUGCUGGAGAAAGAUACCCUUCAGUUUCAUAACCAAGGAACUCAAGUGGAACACGCCGUUAGCAUCUUAACAGCAGACAUGCAGGGACAAGAAAGCAGUGGUCCUCAAGAACUUGAGACUGUAGUGGUGACAGGAGAAACUAUGGAAGCCCUCGAAGCUGUUGCAGCUACUGAAGAGUGUCCAUCCGUAUCUACGCUUUCUGACCAAAGUAUCAUGCAGGUGGUUAAUUACGUAUUGGCCCAACAGCAAGGACAGAAGCUUUCUGAAGUUGCAGAAGCUAUUCAGACUGUUGAAGUAGAGGUGGCACAUAUUUCAGAAGCAGAGUGAAUAUAGUAAUGGAGAUGAAAACGAAGUGACAUCUCAUGUACGGUGAACUCAUGGAACAUUUGUUUACAGUACUCUGUGACUAUCAACUUAGAGUUUGUCAAGGCUCUGGGCUGUUUACUGAUAUGACAUUUCUGAACUGUUUGGCCAGUGGGUCCUCUAGAAAAAUGCAUUUACUGUAAAGGAAUUGAAAAUGAAUCUAUUUGAUGGUAGUGGUUUAUCAUGGUAUAAUUUUUUAUGAAUUAAAAUGACUCAGCUUCAUUUGCAUUUUGACACUAUUUUAUUAUAUGUUUUGAGUUUCAAAGGCUGCACCAAUGGGCUUUUCUUCUCUGUUUAUCCUCGGAAUAUAGAGGUAAGGUUCUAUGAUUUCAUCUGCCCCAUUUAUGGAUUAAAAAGAAAAUUCCAGUAUAAAGCAUUUUAGUAGAAUAUAUAGAUAUAUUACAUUUUUUAAAUGCUUCAAAUCUGUGAUUGUUGACUAUUUAUUUUAACCCCCUCUUUAAGUCAGGGAUCUUUAUUUUAAAGCACUUAAUAAGUUACAUGUUAACAAUCAAGUUUGCACAGUCUACUUACCUAUACGGGGAAACCAUGAAUUAACAGCCGACUUUUAAAAUGCCAUUAAAAUACAUGAAAUGCCUAUUAAAGCCUUUGGAUGCUGUCUCUUCAAGGCAGGUAAGCGGGCCAUGAGAAAAAAGCUGUUACUCAAUAGUGUUGAUGGAAAUUUCUCCUUGAUAACAUAGGCCGAUAAACGGAAAGAAUGAAAAAAACAAGGAAUCUAGUUCUUUUGCUGAAGAAUGAACAAGUUAAAACUUGGUUUGGUAUGUUUUCAGCUUUCGUAUCAUGUUUAAUUGUUUAAUUUUGUUGAAAAACGACAGUUUAGAAAUAGGACAGCAAUAGUAGACAUCUGCAGUAGCCCCCUAAUACCAUGUAAUUGUCAAAUAAUUGGAGAAAGACUGAAUGUUCUUCAGUGCAGCCCUCGUUAUAGUAUACUACUGGAAGAAAUUAAAUGAUCACAGUCCACCAAAUUAUUGAAAGUAAAUUAUUCUAAAAAGUUAUGGGAAAACUAAAUUAUAUUAAUUCAUGUGUUAGAUUUUAAAUUCCCACAUCUUGAAGCUAUCCAGUUUUCUGAUUUUCAGAAUAACCACAAGGAAAUCUCACUUUUCUAAGAAAUCACCACUGAAGCUAUAAAUGUCAAAAUUAAACUUUCAAGUAUUAGAAGCUAUUAUAAAGUGUGAAAUUAAGAAAUAAGCAAACCACAUGUAAAUCAUUUCUAAAGCACAAGAAGAGAAUGUGCCUUGAUGUACAUAUAUUAUUGAGAUACUUGUUUACUUUAAAAAUGGCUUUAAGGCUUAGGAGUCAGCGUGACAGCCAUGCAUGCGUUACAGCUGCACAUGUAAUAUCUGCGUUGGCAAGUGUUCCGGUGUUUAAUAGCUGUGUGGCUGACUUUCAGUUUUAAGAACUGAAUUCGCUUAUAGCCCAUAACUGUAUAACGGCUGCUCAGUUAUGGUGUUUUCAGUUUGUGAAAAUGUACUUCAGCAUGACUGAAAUUUGGAAUUGUCUUUUAUGUUCCAUCCUCGCCAUUGUUAUUAGAUUUAGUUAAUUGUAUGAAACCAUUAAUGUAUGUCAUCAAGAUGUAAAUAAAAGAUGCUGAAUCUUGUUUAAAAGCAUAAGCGUUGGAGUUGAACUUGGCCCUAUUUUCAAUUCAUAAGUCAAUUGCUGCUAAUUGAUUUUAUUCACUUAAUUUUUAAAAGGGAAGAGGAACUGAACACAUGAAAAAGUAAUCAUGGAGGGAACACCGAAUAAUAUGAAAACGUCUUACUCAAACAUAACCUUAUCACAAAACUAAAUGUAUUGCAAAUAAUUGUGAACUUUGGAUAAUUUAAAUUUGUAGAAUUAUAUCAGUUCCAUUAGAAACAAAUGUUAAGAAAGUUCUGAAAAGUCAGCACAUUUUUAAUGUUACAGUGGGGAAAAUUUCCGUAUUUAAUUCAUAACAAAUCCCUUUUUAUAAAUAUGCAGUAUUUUUAUUGUUAGAUGACUUUCCCAAACUGUGUGGGUGUCCUCUGGCCAAAUCUGAGGAUUUUAAGCCCUUUUGCCUAUUUGUUGCCUCCACUGCUGCUAAGCAGGCGAGUUCUUGCUUUUAGUCACUGAGGUGCAUGUGUCGUCAGUAGAUGAAUUAAGUGCUCCUCUCACACGGGUUUUAAUCUAUUUUAUUACACACCAGUGGCUUUGUGCAGAAUUUCACAGGAUUGCCUGUGCUGGACCUAAAGCUAAAUCCAAACCUUCAGGUUUCUUGUAGCACUGGUGUAAAUUAUUGAUGCAUUGGUGAUUCAAUCUUUUCAAAUCUGCAAUCUUCGUGAAGGUUCCUAGGCAAGGGUUUCAUAGAUGCAUUUGGAGAGAACUGAGAUCUUAGAACACUGAAUCUCACAAUCCACAAACACUGUAUAAUCCUCCACUUAUUUAGGUUCUCUUCCUCUCAGGAACAUUUUAUAUAGCGUGUGUGUGUAUCUUGUAAUCUUAGAUUUAUUAUUAUUUUGUUUUUAUGCAAUUCUGAAUGGUAUUUUUUAAGUUUCAUUUUAUACUUAUUUCCUGCUGGUAUAUAGAAAUACAACACUUCUGUAUAUAAAGGGGGAAACCCUGGUGGUGUAGUGCUUAAGUGCUACGGCUGCUAACCAAAUGGUCGGCAGUUCAGAUCCACCAGGUACUCCUUGGAAACUCUAUGGGGCACUUCUACUCUGUCCUAUAGGGUCACUAUGAGUCAGAAUCAACUCGAUGGCAACGGGUUUUGGUAUAUAAAGGGGAUAUUUUUCAUCUGAUAAAUGUCUACAAGACAGUACAGCAAAACAUUCUAAAUAGUGAAAUGUUUAAUUUUCACUGAGACUGAAAAGUCCUUUGUCAUGGUUUCGUGGGACAUCCCAGUUAAUUGGUCUAAUAAUAUGUUUAGUGCUUUUGUUCUGCCUCCUAGUUUGCUGCAUAGUGCCCACGGUCUUAAAAGCUUGCAAGUGUUCAUCCAAGAUGACAACAAAUGUUCUCUAUUCUGGAAUAAUGGAGGAAGAAGGAGAGUCAGGAAUAGGAGGAGAACAUGGAAUGUGUGGCUAAUUGCACUAAACAACUGCCUCCAUUGCCAUGAGACCAGAAGAACUGGAUGGUACCCAGCUACCAUUACUGGACAUCUCGAUCAAAGAUUCCAUGGAAGGAUCCUGAUCAAAAGGGGGAAAAUCUGGAACAGAACUGAAAAUUCUCAGAGAAUCAGACUUUCUACAGAGAGCCAUGGAGGCUGAAUGAUUGCCCAAAGGUAAUCUUUAAACCUUAAACCAAGACUAUCCCCUGAAGUCUUCUUAAAACCAAACAGUAGCUGAACUAAUAAAAAAUGUCUCCCUUGAGCAUUAUGCUCUUCAAUCUAUAUGGUAUCAAAUUGACAACGGAAGAAUAGAUAGGAGGCAACUAAGAAAAGGAGGGUGAGAAUGGCCGCACAACCUGAAGAAUGUAAUAGUCACUGGAUUAUACAUAUAGAAACUCAGUUUGCUUUUGCUGUAUAUAUUCUCAAGAACAACAAUAAAAUAUUCAAAAAAGAAAAGUCCUUUCAUCCAGCAACCUUGCUGAAGUCCCUUAUUAAUUUAAAUAGUUUGGAUUUCCUUCUCACUCAAUUAUGUUAUUUGCAAAUAAGAAAAGUUUGAAUUUUCUGUUUCCAGUUCUUCUAGCUUGCCUAUUCCUGUCUAGGCUUCCAGUACAGUGCUAAAUAGAUGGAGUGACAGUUGGCAUUCUUAUUAAGCUUAAUAAGAGAAUCUGUUUUCUUAAUGGAGUGAAUGCUGAAUUUUUAUACUUUCUUUGCAUCUCAUUCUAUUAAUGUGAAUUUAAUAGAUUUUUGAAUGUCAAAUCAACCAUCUAUUGAAGUCCCACUUGGUAUGUAUCAUUAGAUUCAGCUUGUUAAUAUUUUUGUUUAGGAUUUUUGCAUCUGUCUUUGAGAUUGACCUGUAAUUUUCCUUUCUUAUGUCCUCGUUGGUUUGUUCUCAGGGUAAUGCUCUCUGUAAGAAAUUAGUUCCCUUCCCUUUCUGAACAACCCUAACAUCUUCAGAUGGGGAACAGCGAAGUAGACACACUGUGGACUCAGUAGUACUGUUUGUUGAAGCCAGAGCAGUACUGGCUUGUGUCUAUGUCUGUGUAGGAAGGCUGGACAGCAAGAGGUAGUAAAGCCUGGGCAGGGAGAGAAGGGCAUCCGCGUAGAGGGGUGGUCCGGAUUAGUGGCCAGAGAUCAGGUGGGGCUGAAAGGGUGCCCAUGUGGGCAAUGAAGGCAAUAAUAAGAUAUGUACACAUACGAAGGAUACUGGAAGCCAGCUUUCUCACUGUCAGAGAAGGGAGUUAUACAAAUAUAGAAAAGGAGGUAAUGAAGUGGAACUGGAGGUAUCAGUGUAGACUAAUAGAUGUCAACAUACAGAUAGGAACUAUUUUUGUAAAUACGUGUAUACGUAUGUGUGUGUAUGUAUAACUCAGACCCAGUAGCUGUCAAGUCGAUUCCAACUCAGGGUAACCCUGUAUGUGUCAGAGUAGAAUUGUGCUCCACAGGGUUUUCAGUCGUGGAUUUUUUUGGAAGUAGACUGCCAGGGCUUUUUUGUGAGGCUCCUGUGGGUGGACUGUAACUGCAGAUUUUUUGGUUAGCAGGUGAAUGCUUAAAUGGUUGUGCUACCCAGGGAUGCCAUGUGUAUGUAUAUGUACCGUUAUGUUUGCCAAGGUAGCCUGGGAGCAGCAACACUCAACAGCAGUGAUUACAUUACACCUAGCAUCCAGAUACCCCAGUAGAAAGAACUAGAGCUCCGUGGCAAAUGGCUGAUUCCAGGACUGGGGCAAGGUAAGCAGAAGACAGUCUGGAACAUCCCGUGUCAGAAAGCAAGGAGAUGCUCAAAGAACGAGGGGACACGUCCAGAGGACACACAAGUCAUUGAAGGGGCUCCCACUGGUCAAAUCUUGGCAAACUGAUUGGACAGCAGCAUAAUAACAGAUUAUAAACCACUGAUAAAAUAGGAAACCCUAAGUCCACAGUUGGGGGUCCCUAAAACCAUUCCCUCAACACGUCUGUCAGUUUGUCAUACUGUGGUGGCUUGCGUGUUGCUGUGAUACUGGAAGCUUUAUCACCGGUAUUUCCAAUACCAGCAGGGUCACCCUUGAUGGGCAGGUUUUAGCUGAGUUUCCAGACUAAGACUAGGAAAAAGGACCUUGUGGUCUUCUGAAAAAAUUCGCUAGUGAAAAUCUUACGAAUAGCAGUGGAAUAUUGUCCGAUACAGUGCCGGAAGAUGAGCCCCUCAGGUUGGAAGGCACUCCGAACAGUACUGGGGAAGUGUUGCCUCUUCGAAGUAGAGUUGACCGUAACAAUGUGGAUGGAAUCAAGCUUUUGGGACCUUCAUUUGCAGAUGUGGCACAACUCAAAAUGAGAAGAAAUGGCUGCAAACAUUAAUAAUUGGAAUGUGGAAUGUACAAAGUAUGAAUCUAGGAAAAUUGGAAGUUGUCAAAAGUGAACAUAAAGAUCGAUACCCUAGGCAUUAGUGAGCUGAAAUGGACUGGUGUUAUCAUCUAUUUUGAAUCAAACAAUCAUAUGGACUACUAUGCUGGGAAUGAAAAAUUGAAGAGGAAUGGCAUCACGUUCGUUGUCAAAAAGAACAUUACAAGAUCUGAAGUACAAGGCUGUCAGUGAUAGGAUAAUAUCCAUACGCCUACAAGGAAGAUCAGUUAAUAAUAGGGCUAUUAGAUUUAGGCACUAACCACUAAGGCCAAAGAUGAGGAAAUGGAAGAUUUUUACCAACUUCUGCAGUCUGAAAUUGAUCAAACAUGCAAUCGAGAUGCAUUAAUAACUACUGGUGAUUGGAAUGUGAAAGUUGGAAACAAAGACAAAAGAUUAGUAGUUGGAAAAUAUUGCCUUGGUGAUAGAAACAACACUGGGAAUCCCCUGAUAGAAUUUCCCAAGACCAAUGACUUCUUCAUUGCAAAUACCCUUUUUCAUCAACAUAACCAGCGACUCUACAUGUGGACCUCACCAGAUAAAAUACACAGGAAUCCAGACGAUGGAAAAGCACAAUUAUCAUCAAUCAUUAACAGGGCCAGGGGCCGACUGUGGAACAGGCCAUGAACUGCACAUGUGCAAGUUCAAGUUGAAGAAAAUCAGUACAAGUUCUCGAGAGCCAAAGUACAAACGAGUAAAUGGAAAAUGUGAUGAGGAACAGCGUAUUUAGUUUCCCCACAAAAUACUUAUUAAACAUAAAGGGGAAAAGAUAACCUCGUGCUGGUGAUCACAUACACCGCUUUAAUGAAGUAAUCAGAGGCUAGCUUUUUUUUUUUUUUUGAUCUAGUUUCCUUUUUCUUUCCUUUUCAAAUUAUUUUUUCAAUAUUCCAUCCCCCUCCUCCUGUUAGCUUAAUUACUGUAUUCUUUUUACUAUUAGCAGUCAGCCGAGGUACCACACUAAAACUCUCGGCUUUUUACUAUUAGCAGUCAGCCGGGAUACCACACUAAAACUCUCGGCUUUUUACUACUAGCAGUCAGCCGGGAUACCACACUAAAACUCUCGGCUUUUUACUACUAGCAGUCAGCCGGGAUACCACACUAAAACUCUCGGCUUUUUACUACUAGCAGUCAGCCGGGAUACCACACUAAAACUCUCGGCUUUUCACUACUAGCAGUCAGCCGGGAUACCACACUAAAACUCUCGGCUUUUCACUACUAGCAGUCAGCCGGGAUACCACACUAAAACUCUCGGCUUUUCACUACUAGCAGUCAGCCGGGAUACCACACUAAAACUCUCGGCUUUUUACUGUUAGCAGUCAGCCGGGAUACCACACUAAAACUCUCGGCUUUUUACUGUUAGCAGUCAGCCGGGAUACCACACUAAAACUCUCGGCUUUUCACUACUAGCAGUCAGCCGGGAUACCACACUAAAACUCUCGGCUUUUCACUACUAGCAGUCAGCCGGGAUACCACACUAAAACUCUAGGCUUUUCACUACUAGCAGUCAGCCGGGAUACCACACUAAAACUCUCGGCUUUUCACUACUAGCAGUCAGCCGGGAUACCACACUAAAACUCUCGGCUUUUCACUACUAGCAGUCAGCCGGGAUACCACACUAAAACUCUCGGCUUUUCACUACUAGCAGUCAGCCGGGAUACCACACUAAAACUCUCGGCUUUUUACUACUAGCAGUCAGCCGGGAUACCACACUAAAACUCUCGGCUUUUCACUACUAGCAGUCAGCCGGGAUACCACACUAAAACUCUCGGCUUUUCACUACUAGCAGUCAGCCGGGAUACCACACUAAAACUCUCGGCUUUUCACUACUAGCAGUCAGCCGGGAUACCACACUAAAACUCUCGGCUUUUCACUACUAGCAGUCAGCCGGGAUACCACACUAAAACUCUCGGCUUUUCACUACUAGCAGUCAGCCGGGAUACCACACUAAAACUCUCGGCUUUUCACUACUAGCAGUCAGCCGGGAUACCACACUAAAACUCUCGGCUUUUCACUACUAGCAGUCAGCCGGGAUACCACACUAAAACUCUCGGCUUUUUACUACUAGCAGUCAGCCGGGAUACCACACUAAAACUCUCGGCUUUUCACUACUAGCAGUCAGCCGGGAUACCACACUAAAACUCUCGGCUUUUUACUACUAGCAGUCAGCCGGGAUACCACACUAAAACUCUCGGCUUUUCACUACUAGCAGUCAGCCGGGAUACCACACUAAAACUCUCGGCAGCGCCUUCAGUUUCUUCAGCACCAGCUCAGAGCCACGUGAGACAGGUAUGUAUCAAGCCCUUUCAAAAGAUGUGGAAACUGAGGAAAUAAGGUAAUCUAAAAGAAAACUGGAAAUAGAACCAAUGUCCUCAACUCUCAUAGUAAUGGUGCUUAUUGUUAGAAAAUCAGGCCUCAUACUGACCCUCUUCGCCCAAAUAUUCUGGUUGUCCUUGAAAGUCCUCUAUGGAUUGUUGUCAUCCUAGCCUCAUCAGUUCCCUAAAUUCUGGCUGAAGGUUCUUCCUAGUUUCAAGGUACCCUGUAAACAUUUGUCUGUUUUUCCUCUCCAGCAUCUACUGUUCUCCCAGGUACCUAGGCCCAGGCCCUCUUGAGUCAUCUAGGAUGCUUCUCUUUCUUUCCACUCAGCCACUGAGUUCUUAGCAAUUAUCUGGUCUGUUACUUCCGCGGAUACAUUAAGCUUCUAUAAACUCAGACAUGCAGCAUAUUGUUGCUGGUCGCCAUCUAGUCGAUUCUGACUCGUGGCGACCCCAUGUGUGCAGAGAACUGUCCCAUUGGGUUUUCAAGGCUGACUUUUCAAAAACCGAUCAGCAGGCCUGUCUUCCAAGAUGCCUCUAUGCAGCGUAUUAAACCCUGUUGCUGCUGAGUCGAUUCCGACUCAGUGACCCUAUAGGUCAAAGCAGAACUGCCUCCGUAUUGUUUCCAAGGCUGUAAAUCUUUGCAGAAGCAGAAGGCCACAUCUUUCUCUUGCAGAGGCUGGUGGCUUCAAACUGCUGACCUUUUGAUUAGCAGCUGUGAUGGUUAAGAUUGUGUAUCAAAUUGGCUGGGCCAUGAUUCUCAGUCCUUUGGCAGUUGUGUAAUGUUGUGAUCACUUCCCUACUGAGAUAUGAUACGUGAUCACCCCCACGAUGGGAUCUGCAGUGAGCAGCCACCUGGUUGAAAAGGAGUUUCCUUGGGCGUGUGGUCUGCAUCCAGUGUGGGUGGACAUUCAUGUGGGGCUUGGGGGCUUUUGGUUUUUCUGUCUGACCUCCAGUUUUUGGGACUUGAGCUAAGCUGCGGUCUUGCCUGCCAAUCUUGGGCUCCUCAGCCCCGUAGCUAUGUGAAUCGGCAGAAGCCUCUAUUCCUGACCCACAGACUUAGGACAUUACAGCCUCUAGAACCCUGUGAACCAUUUCCUUGAUAUAAAUCUCUCCCUGUAUACAUAUAUACACUAUACUGGUUUUGCUUCUCUAGAGAACCUAGCCUAAGACAGUGGUGAAACACUUUAACCAAUGUGCUUCCCUCCAGCAUAUUACUAACCUCUUAAUUGGUUUUUUAGCCUCCAUACUUGCCCUACUUUCCUUUCUCUUAUACACAUUACCUCCAGGUUAAUAUUUGAAACUGCCCUUCAUCUUGAAGCUUCUAGUUUUCUAAUAGUCUGUCUAUAGAGUCUCUAGGUGGUGCAAACAGUUAAUGGCUGCUAACUGAAAAGCUGGCGGUUUAAGUUAACUCAGGCACUUCACAGGAAAGGCCUGGCAAUCUUCUGAAAACUCACUCACUGAAAACCCUAUAGGGCACAGAUCUGUGGUCGUCAUGAGUCGGACUGAACUCAAUGGCAUUUGUUUUAUAUAACUAUAGCAAGGAAACCACAUAUAGGUAUAAAUCAUUUUUGUAUGUGGCAAGAAAUGGCUGCUAUCAGUUUUCCUCCUUUUCAACGUGGUGGCACUACCAGCUCCCUUUGAGAGCACAGAACAGCAGCUGCUUCUUAUGUCAGCACUGCCAGAGGAAGCAAAGCCUCUGGAAAAAGCUGUAUUUGAUUAAUAUUUAUGAUUCUCUUAGUCGGGAUAUCACGUAGUCAGUACCUAGUCAUAGAAUUCAAAUGCGUUAGAAUGAGAAGAAAUACCUAUGUUUAAAAUGAAGGGGAAGGUGACGUUUUCUUCUCAAAGUGGUCAUUUGAAAACGUAAGUGGUGAGAAACCCUCUGGAAUGUUUACUUACAUGUGAAUAAUAUUAAAUGAGCAUUGUAUGCUGCAUUAAUGUUAACACACAACAGCUAAUUUUGGCAGGGUUUUAUAUCCAGCUAUGUUCGUGGGGAAGAGAAGUACCUUCUGUGAACCUCCUCUGCGAGUCGAGCCGUUGCUCACACCUUGGUUUUCAUUUCCAAUUCCACUGCAGUUAGAUCGGCUUUAAUCAGCUAUAACUAUUUCAACACCUAAUUAUUACUUACAAGUAAUUUCUUUGCAUCACUCACUGUAAGCAUUCUGUUCUUGUCAUGAUCUCUUCUCCUGAUAACAAACUUAUCUUCAGUCAUGGUUACGUGGGUUUUUCUACUGAUCUAUUGAUUUUGAAGCAUCCCGUCAGCGAAUUCUAUUAGGAGUAAAGUAACUCCUGGUGUGUGACUAGCGUGCGCUCAGGCCUAUGCUGGGUUCUGAGUGACACUCGUUUCUGGUUUAUGUGAAUCGCAUACCAGGCAGUGAUGCUUAUUCCCAAGAGUUCAGGUAACUGUUCUUGCAAUAAAGUUACACUGGUCAUUUUUGACAUUUUACGUAAUACACAGCCGUUUCUAUUUUUUCUAAAUAUCCAGCGACCUAAGUUCAAUGGACUGUGCAGGUAAAAACGCUCUGAAAGAGGGCUCUUAAAAACAAAAGUUUAGAAUAACAACAUAUUUACAUUACAAAAGUGCACAGAUCCAGGUAAGAGCUCUAUGCCCAUGUGCAAAGAUGAAGGGAUGUCUACGGUGACUGAGAAGUUGUCACAUGCCUGAGAAGCCCCAGCUCACGGCAAAACCUAACUUGCCUUAUGUAGGAGAUUUGUCUUUGCCUUUGGUUCUCCCUACGAAGCCUUCCAAUUACCAAAGUAGUGAAGGACUGAUGAAGGUUUGUAGAGUAUAAAAAACCAAACCCAUUGCUGUUGAGUCAAUUCUGACUCAUACUGACCCUACAGAAAAGCUAAUUAUUGCUAACCAACAAUGGAUUCCUGAGGAGGUGGAAGGCUAACACACCAAGGAUUUUUCAGGCAAAGGUUGUCUUCAUCGUGAUAAUGGGCAGCUCCUUGUGCUGCUCUUCCCUGCAGCAGUCAACCUUUCUCUGAGAUUUGAUUCAGCCAGCAGGCCCCUCCCCUAAGAUAUUUUUUUCCCUUGUUCACUUGUUUCCUAGAGGUGGUAGUUUCUUCCUACAGUUGCUACCUUUGCUACACCUUAAGAGUUCUCGUUAACAAGUCUUUUUAUUAAAGCAUUCUCAAUAAUACAAUGUUGAAAAAAAGCUUUUGACAAAAUUCAACACCCAUUCCUAGUGAGAACACUUGAUAGGAAUUGAUGGGUACUGCUAUCAUGAUGGUGCCCUGGUGGCACAGUGGUUAAGAGGUUGGCUGCUAACCAGAAGGUCAGCAGUUCGAAUCCACCAGCAGCUUCUUGGAAACGCAAUGGGGCAAUUCUACUCUGUCCUAUAGGGUUGCUGUGAAUCAGAGUCGACUCGACAGCAACAGGCUUGGUUUUGGUUUGGUUAUGGUGAGAAGCUCUGGUGACACAGUGGUUAAAGUACUUAACUGCCAAUCAAAGGUCAGAGGUUCGAACCCAUGGGAGAAAGACGUGGCAGUCUGCUCCCAUACAGAUGACAGCCUUGUAAAUCCUAUGGGGCAGUUCUACUCUAUUCCUAUAAGGUGGCUACGAGUCAUAAAAUAUGUUCACCGUAGUCUGAAAGCCAGCAUCUUAACAGGAAAACACUGGAGCAUUUCCAUUAAAAGCAAGAAUGAAGGCAAGGGUGCCAUUUCUCUGCCACGGUUCAACACUGCGCUGGAUGUAUUAAGCAAUGCAAUGAGGCAAGAAACAUUAAAGGCAAAAAAAUUGGUAAGAUAUAAAAUCAUCUCUAUUUGAGGUGAUAUGAUGUCACACCUAAAAAAUGGUAAAAAACAAUGUAAGAAUUCAGUCAGGAAGCAAGAUACCCAAUGAACAUAAACCAAUUGCCGUCACAUCUACAACCAGUAAAGCACAUAAACGCUAGAGAAAAUCCCUUCCAAUAGCAGCAAAAACAAAAACUGAAUACUCUGAAUAAAUUAACGAGAAACAUGUAAAACCUAUAAAAUUUUUAAAACACUUCUGACACAAAAGUAGACUACUCUUGGUUAGGAUGACUUAAAAUCAAAGGUAUCAUUCAGUUAACUAAAAUUAGAUCCCUAUCUCACACAUGCACAAGAAUAAACUCCAAAAUAAAUCAGGGAUCUACCUAAAUGUAAAAAAAUGAAACCACACAAGCACUAGAAAAACAUGGGUAAAUUCAUACUUAACCUCAGUGUAGGGCAAGGCUUUCUAAAAUCAACAGGCAACAAAAAGAUUAAUACAUAAAAAAUAAGCUUUUUAUACUGGUAAAAAAUACCAUAGUCAAAGACAACUAGAGAGUUGGGAGAAAAUAUCUGUAACGUUUAUCACGGAUAAGAGCUUAUAAAGAAUUUUUAAAAUUGGAGAAAAGACCAAAAAACCCAACAGUAACAUGAAAAUCUUUCGGAGCAGUUCCCUUUGGUUUUGGUGAGUACGAUAGUUUUCAAUGAGUUCUGCGAGUCCCUCUAGCAAAUUAACAAACCCUCAAACCUUGCAGUUUGGCUGAUUUUGAAUAAUUACAAUGGGAAAAACAGUAACUUGACAGUGGAGAAAUCUGAUAGACUAUCCUAACCAAGUAGCCAAAGUUAACAUUACUAGUAAUGGGACAAAGUGACAUCGUGUACUUCCUGCCAUGAUAGAAGGAGGGCUUAUCAGUUCUGUGGUAUCCUUGCCAAAAAUGCAUACAUACAUUCAAUGAGGAAACAUCAGAGAGAAACAAAACUGAGGGAUCUUCUACAAAUAACUGGCCUAUACUUUUCCCCAAAAAGUCAAGUCAGGAAGGAUAAACACCGAAGUGUUCCAGAUUAAAGGAGACUAAAGAGAAAUGGGGGUCACUCGUCUAUUGAUCAAAAGGUUGGAGGUUUGAGACCACCCAGAAGCCUCUUGGAAGAAAAGCCUUGUGAUCUACUUUUGAAAAAUCAGUCAUUAAACAACCCCGUAGAGUCUUAAAUGCUAACAAGCGGCCAUCUAAGAUGCAUCAAUUGGUCUCAACCCACCUGGAGCAAAGGAGAAUGAAGAACACCAAGGUCACACGGUAACUAUGAGCCCAAGAGACAGAAAGGGCCACAUGAACCAGAGACUUACAUCAUCCUGAGACCAGAAGAACUAGAUGGUGCCCGGCCACAACCAAUGACUGCCCUGACAGGGAGCACAACAGAGAACCCCUGAGGGAGCAGGAGAGCAGUGGGAUGCAGACCCCAAAUUCUCAUAAAAAGACCAGACUUAAUGGUCUGACUGAGACUAGAGGAAUCCCAGCAGUCAUGGUCCCCAAACCUUCUCUUGGCCCAGGACAGGAACCAUUCCCGAAGACAACUCAUCAGACAUGGAAGGGAGUGGACAAUGGGUAGGAGAGAGAUGCCGACGAAGAGUGAGCUACUUGUAUCAGGUGGACACUUGAGACUGUGUUGGCAUCUCCUGUCUGGAGGGGGGAUGGGAGGGUAGAGAGGGUUAGAAACUGGCAAAAUCGUCACGAAACAAGAGACUGGAAGGAGAGAGCAGGCUGACUCAUUAGGGGGAGAGUAAGUGGGAGUAUGGAGUAAGGUGUAUAUAAGCUUAUAUGUGACAGACUGGACUUGAUUUGUAAACUUUCACUUAAAGCACAAUAAAAAAAAAAAAAAACCCGUAGAAGGUAAUUAUGUGCCCAAGAGACAGAAAGGACCAUGUAAACCAGAGACUACAUCAGCCUGAGACCAGAAGAGCUAGAUGGUACCUGGCCACAACCGAUGACUGCCCUGACAGGGAACACAACAGAGAACCCCCGAGAGAAAGCAGGAGAGCAGUGGGAUGCAGACCCCAAAUGCUUGUAAAAAGACCUUAUUUAAUGGUCAGACUGGGACUGGAAGGACCGCAGACCUUCUGUUAGCCUAAGACAGGAACCAUUCCCAAAGCCAGCUCUUCAGACAGGGAUCGGACUGGAAAAUGAUACUGGUGAAGAACGAGCUUCUUGGAUCAAGUAGACACACUAGACUAUGUUCGCAUCUCUUGUCUGGAGGGGAGAUGGGAGGGCAGAGGGGGCCAGAAGAUACCCAAAUGGACAUGAGGAGACAGAGUAGAGGGAAGAACUGUGCUGUCUCAUUGGGGGAAGAGUAAUUAGGAGUGUAUGUAAGUUUUUUAUGAGAGGCUGACCUGAUUUUUAAACUUUCACUUAAAGCACAAUAAAAAUUAAAAAACAAAAACAAAACCCUGUGAAGCAGUUUUACUCUGAUAUACUCUGGGUCGCCAUGAGUCAGAAUCAACUUGAUGGCACUGGUUUAGAGACAGAAGACAACUAAAUGCAGUGUGUGGAACUGAACUAGAUCUUGGGCUAGGAGGAUAUCAGUGGGGCCAACAGUGAAAUCUGAACAAGGUCUGUGGAGAACAGUACAAUGCAAAAUAAGAGAUUAAAAAAAAAAAAAAAAGGAUUACAGUAUAGUUAAUAAUGUUAAUUUACUCUGACAGCUAUCCUGUAGUUAUAUGUUAACAUUUGGUGAAUAUAUGCAGAGUAUAAGCAGAUACUUAACAUCUCUGCAACUUAGGUGUGAAACUGUUUCAAAAUGAAAGUUAAAAAAAAUUUUUAAGUACAUCCCCUUAACCAGGAAAGUUACUUGAACAAUCUCUCCGCAGUAUGUGAAGUUAACCUUGAUAUUAGCAUUAUGAAAACAUGUUUGAAACUCAGCCUUCAUCUGUAAUCAAAUGGGAAAUGAAAAUUCUAGAAUGUAGCUCAACCGUUCUAUUUACUAGGGCCUGUCCUGUUAAGCAUCAGCACUAUAAAUAUUAAAAGGAUAUACUCUAAACGGGAAACACCUACCGAGUUCUGGUCAAGGGGUCAAAAGAAACUAAGGAAAAGGCUGCUCUAAUGACUUAGGAGGAAAUGGGUAGCAAAAUGAAAGUGAUGGAAACGAGGAGAAGGCAACCAAAAUGACCCUGAAUUCUUGAUAACCAAGGAAAAGAAGUGUGGGUAUCUGGAAUGUGUUGAGAGAAGAAUGCAUAGUAUGCAGGAUGAAGAAGGCAAAAUGAGUUAACAAUAUUAAAAAGUAACCAGAGGGGUGGACAUGCUUCAUCUGCAGGGAGCAAGUAGAGGUACAGGGAAGAAAGAACACUUCAAAUAUUUGAUGAAAGCCCUUAAGUAGGAGAGAGAUUCAAUUCAUUUCCUUUUUUAUGCUCUUAAAUCUAUACAUAUGGCUAAUGGAUGACAGACACUAGUAAUGGGGGAUUUUCAAAGGUGCAGAUGCCUCUACAGGAUUUUCUCCAGCAACAGGCCAGAGGACCCUGUGGCAACAGAGGAGGAGGAUCGGGAUGUCUGACUCCAAGUCUUCUCCAGCCUGGACACUAAUGCUACAGAGCUGCUGCUAACUUAGACUUUUUACUAAGCCUUUCAAACCCGUUACUCUGGCCAACAAUACAGGCAAAAAUCACCAAUCUUAACAUUUGUCUCAACUUUUUGUAAAAACAAACAAAAAACAAGCAACAAAUAAGUGGAAUAGAAAGAACACUAUUGAGUUUGACAAUUUAUUGGUAUUUUAGUAAGACAUUCAUCUCAGUCAUUUCUCUCUCCCAUCUUGACCUCAGGUAAAUAUUUCCUUUGGGUCAAGAAAAGAAUACGUAGGAGAGGGAUAAUUAUUUUAACAUAAACAAUAAAAUGAAUGAAAAUGGAAAGUUUGCCUACAUUAAAGUAAGUUAAAGUUAAAUUCAUGUAUCUUGAUAUAAUUAAAUCAUGUAAGUAAGUAAGAACUAACAGCUCUAUAUACAUUUCUCCAUUGUUUUACUUGGGACUUAUUCUAAACUUAAAUGCAAGUGAACAAAAGUGUUAGGAAUAUACAACAGUCAGGCUGCUUCUCUGGAGUUAUUACCUAUUAAAAGAGCUCAGCUAGCAGUUACCACCAAUAAAAUAGUGACAUGUCCUCCAAAUUUAACACUGUAGGAAUUUUCAAGGAAAUCGUAUGUUCCUUUUGUUUGUGACUAUGUUUUUAAAGAUGUGUUUAACUGUCACAUUAAGAAAAAAACAGUUCAUAGACGAUAAAAAAAUACAAAAAAAAAAAAGGAAGAAAAUACCACCCUAAACCUCACCAACACGUAGAACAAUGUAUGGUCAGACAUUCCAUAAACUGUCUGAAGAUGCAUUUUCCGUCCUUCUAUUUUCAGCAUUUUUUUUUUUUACAAUGUGCUCCUGAGAGCCCAGUGGUCAGUGCAUACACACUUAAAAUAAACCACAGUAUUCCAUUAGUAAGAACUCCUGUAGUAAGGUCAAUUCAAAUUGGAUUUCACAAAUUAGUAACUUAAAUGCUUUGACAAAGUACAGAAAGUGCAUCUUCUCACUUUUCAUCUUCAUAUAGUAUUUUCUUUUUUAGAUGUUCAUAACCUUUUAAAAAAUAAAAACAGCCAAAUACAUAAGCAUUAUGUACAUUUGAAUAUUGGGGUGGUGGUUUGUAUUUUAAAAGAAACAGCUUCCUCAGGUUCUCAUGGAAAUGAUUUCAGGAACUAGCUAAACAAACAAAAAAAAAAAAACCAAGAGAAGCACGUUCAAAAUACUGAUUUACUUUG